AUGUAAGCCACUGUCUUUGAGGUGUUGGUAAACAUACCCUGCUGGUUCAUUUGGUUGAGUAUACUUAACGUUAGCUUGAACGCGCUCUAGACAGGCAGCUGUAGUGAGAAGUCCUUAUGAGGUGAUGCUGCAUGUGUUCCGCUGUCAUCUGCAGAGACCUCUCAUUGCUACACAAUGGAGAUGUCUACGCUCCCUCUACUCCACCAAGCCUCACUCCAAUCAGGGCGAGGACUCCACAGAGACCCGCCUGAACCCCCUGAACAUCCAGAUGCUGUCGAGAAAUCUCCAUGAGCAGAUCUUUCGAGGGCUGGAGCCAGAGUAUAGAGAGGAAGAUGUGGAGCGCAGCGUUAGGCACUUGCAGAAGCAUGAGUUAUGGGGCAAGGAAACUUCACUGAUGCCCGAUGUGGAGCUGAAGCUUUCCAAAAUGUACGGCAAAAAUAUAGAUGAGCACUUCCGGGUUUUGGCAAAGACACAGAGCCUUCCAUACCUUGAGGCUGCCUUCAUGCUGCAGCAAGCAACGUUGCCACCCAUGCCUCAGGAGUGGACAUGGGAGGCUGGCUGGACACGUUAUGGGCCAAAUGGGGAGAGUCAGAAGGUUGAUUUCCCAGAUGAGACAGCACUGGUAUUUGAUGUGGAGGUGUGCACAACAGAGGGAAAGUGUCCUACACUGGCUGUCGCUAUGUCUCCCACUAACUGGUACUCCUGGUGCAGUAAGCGUCUGAUUGAAGAGCGGUACUCAUGGUCAAACCAGCUGAACCUCACUGACCUCAUCCCACUGGAGACACCAGUAAACUCUGCCCGCCCUCCAAAGGGUCAGUGGAAGAAGAGGCUCAUAGUGGGUCAUAAUGUCAGUUUUGACCGAUCAUACAUCAAGGAGCAAUACUUGAUAAAGGGCUCUAAAGUACGCUUCAUGGACACCAUGAGCCUUCACAUGGCCAUCUCUGGGCUGACUGGGUUCCAGCGCACACUGUGGAUGGCCAACAAGCUGGGCAAGAGGAGAGGCCUGCAGGAGGUCAAGGAACACAUUAAGAGGGCUGGACACAAAAAGAAUGGCCCAACGAUUGGCUCUUGGGACUGGGUGAAUAUUAGCAGCAUCAACAACCUGGCUGAUGUCCAUGCUCUGUAUGUGGGAGGGCCGCCACUGGAGAAAGAGGCCAGAGAGAUCUUUAUAAAGGGCAGCAUGGUGGAUGUCAGGAACAACUUCCAGGAGUUAAUGCAAUACUGCGCCCUGGAUGUCCUGGCCACACAUCAAGUGUUCACAGAACAACUACCACUCUUCAUGGAGAGAUGCCCUCAUCCAGUGACGUUUGCUGGAAUGCUGGAGAUGGGUGUGAGCUACCUUCCUGUCAAUCAAAACUGGGGGCGUUACCUAGAGGAUUCUCAGGACAUUUACGAAGAGCUCCAGAGAGAACUAAAGAAGUCUCUGAUGACUCUAGCGGACGAUGCCUGCCAGCUCCUGCAUGACGACAAAUAUAAAGACGACCCCUGGCUUUGGGAUCUUGAGUGGGAUGUGCAGGAGUUCAAGCAGAAGAAACUGGCAACCAGCAAGAAGAAACUCUCCAAACAAGCAGCUGAAACACAAGCUGCUACUCCUCUUCCAGAGUGGGAAGAAGACCCAGGUCCACCAAAUGAAGAGGAGAUGGCAGGCCCUCACCCCAGCAGGCUGGCUGUGGAGAAGUUGAAAGAAACAGUGAAUCGACUCCCCAAGAGAAGGCAACAUCUGCCUGGGCACCCAGGGUGGUAUCGUAAGCUGUGUGAGAAGAUGUCUGAAGAGGACAGCUGGUCACCUGGAGCCAGCCUCAUCAGUCUACAGAUGAGAGUGACUCCUAAGCUGAUGGGUCUGACGUGGGAUGGAUUCCCCCUGCAUUACACAGAGAAACAUGGGUGGGGCUACCUGGUUCCUGGGCGCAGGGAUAACCUGACUUCUGAGGAGGAAAACGAAGGACCAGUGUGUCCACAUAGUACUAUUGAGAGUAUCUACAAAGAGUAUUGUGAGCAGAACAGCAAAGAGCAGCCUAAAUACCAGGACUGCAACCCCUCAGAUGACCUCAUGUGGACAGACAGCACAGUGUGGGCAAAGGUGGAGGAGUUAAGUUCCCUGGAGAGACCGAUAGAGGAAAAUGGAGUCAUAAUGAAAAAUGGGUCCCAAGAUCCACAUUAUGUCCCAGAGAAGAGUCACUGCCACUAUCACCAUGGAAACGGCCCCUACAACGAUGUAGACAUACCAGGGUGCUGGUUUUUCAAAUUACCGCAUAAGGACGGUAAUCAGAACAAUGUUGGCAGUCCAUUUUCAAAAGACUUCCUGUCUAAGAUGGAGGAUGGUACUCUUCGGGCAGGGAGGGGCGGAACCAAUGCUACACGUGCUCUGGAGAUCAACAAAAUGAUGUCCUUCUGGAGGAAUGCACAUAAACGUAUAAGCUCUCAGAUGGUUCUCUGGCUGCGAAAGGGAGAGCUUCCUCACUUCGUCAGCAGACACAAAGAUUUUGAUCAAGAGGGUCAGUAUGGUGCCAUAUUACCUCAAGUCAUCACUGCAGGAACGGUAACACGAAGGGCUGUGGAGCCAACGUGGCUGACUGCCAGUAAUGCACGAAGGGACCGAGUAGGCAGUGAGCUGAAGGCGAUGGUGCAGGUACCACCUGGGUACCACCUGGUGGGAGCAGAUGUAGACUCUCAAGAGUUGUGGAUUGCUGCUGUGCUUGGAGAGGCUCACUUUGCUGGCAUGCACGGUUGUACAGCGUUUGGCUGGAUGACUCUUCAGGGAAAGAAGAGUCAGGGCACUGACCUGCACAGCCGCACUGCUGAUGCUGUGGGCAUCAGCCGGGAACAUGCCAAGGUGUUUAACUAUGGGCGCAUCUAUGGUGCAGGGCAGCCCUUUGCUGAGAGACUGCUGAUGCAGUUCAACCAUCGCCUCGGUCAGACAGAAGCUGCCAGUAAGGCCAGGCAGAUGUACGCUUUAACAAAGGGUAUUCGCAGAUAUCAUCUGUCAGAGGAUGGUGAGUGGCUGGUCAAUGAACUGGAUAUAGACGUGGAGAGGGAGGAAGAUGGAAGUGUGUCCCUGCAGGAGUUGCGCAGGAUCAGUAGACUGGCCUCACAGAGCUUUCGGCGGAGGAGGUGGGAUAUGGUUGGCAAACGUCUUUGGUCUGGAGGUACAGAGUCGGACAUGUUCAAUAAACUGGAAAGUAUUGCCCAUUCAGACCAGCCAGCCACUCCUGUCCUAGGCUGCAGGAUUAGCAGAGCUCUGGAGCCCACGGCAGUAAAGGACGAGUUUAUCACCAGCAGAGUGAACUGGGUGGUCCAGAGCUCAGCAGUGGACUAUCUACAUCUGAUGCUGGUGGCAAUGAAGUGGCUCUUUGAAGAGUAUGACAUUGAUGGUCGUUUCUGCAUCAGCAUCCAUGAUGAGGUGCGGUAUCUCAUCCGUAGCGAGGACCGUUACCGAGCAGCACUGGCACUUCAGAUCACCAACCUACUGACAAGGAGUAUGUUCGCCCAUGCGUUAGGAAUAUCGGACCUUCCACAGUCAGUAGCUUUCUUCAGUGCCGUUGACAUUGACCAGUGUCUGAGGAAGGAGGUCACCAUGGACUGCGUGACCCCUUCUAACCCCACAGGUCUGGAGCGAAGAUACAACCUGUCACCUGGUGAGGCCUUGGACAUCUACCAAAUCAUUGACGUCACUAAAGGCUCUCUGAGCAAAGCAAAAUAGCACUUUGUGGGCCAAACUA